AUGCCCGAUGAAAGAUCGCUGUCUGAAACAGAGCAGCUCAUCCCCCAUGAGAGGCGAAUGAGUGCAGUUAUGGCAAUCACCCCGUCAGUUGAGCUCGAGAACUCAGCCAAUGACGUCUAUGAGGCUAUAAUUGAAGAGGACAGUCUUCACGACCACGACGACGACAACGAAGACGUUCGUUGGUUGCGAGAACAGAGAACAUUGAACAAAUCCAUGCAUUGGCUAAAACGUCCCAGUGUUGUUAUGAUUGCCAGUAUAUUGUUUUUGCUUGCAUUUGCCCAUUCGAGUGCGGAAUCUACUCGUCAGAUCAUCACAAUGAAGUUGGCAUGUAACUACUUGGGUGAAGAGAAGUGCACCAAGGAAUCCGCCCAAGUAGUUAUGUCUAAUUUACAAUUGGGCUACACAAUUUCGUCCUCCAUCAUCACCUUAAUUGCUCUGGGGAAAGUGGCUCCAUUGUCGGAUCAAUUUGGAAGAAAGUUGUUUGUUGUGUUGAUGCUUCUUUGUUUCUUUCUAGGCAGAACUUGCAAAUUCUUGCUAAUGUCUCAUUUCACUAGUUUGAAAUUUAAAUUAAUGAUUGCAUGCGAGAUCUUGACGAAUUUGUGUGGAGGUAUACUUGCCUUGAUAACAUUGGCCAAUUGUUAUAUUUCCGAUGUGGUUGAGCCACACCAGCGUAUUUACUCCUUGGGGAUUAGUAUAGCAUCGUUGUUUCUUGGGUUGAGUAUUGGUCCAUUAGUAGGGAACCUCAUAAUUUCUUUGUCGCCCAAGAUUUCUCCAACUAGCACCGUUGUCCUUAUUUCCAAGUCCGAUUUCCUUCCAUUAAAAUUUGAAGUUACAAUACUAUUCAUAGUAUUAAUUGUUGCUAUAUUUGUUCUUCCGGAGUCAAGAUCUGAAAAAGCAAGACGGAAAUCUCGAACAAUGUCCAUUCUGAGCAGUGCUUCACUGAUUAUGCUGCAACAUGAGACUGUUCAUUGGACUAGCAGAUUCCUCGACAGCAUAAACUUUCUCAAGCCACUUAAGUUAUUGCUCCUCCCGACUGAUAUGGUGCCUGCACAGAACAGACAUCGAAUCAAGAAGGACAGAAUUGCCGUUCUCUCACUUGUGUUUAUAGAUUGCAUGUUGGGAUCUCUUGCCAUUUCAUUUGCUGAGAUCUAUGUUUUAUAUGGGAUUUACAGGUAUAGUUGGGAUCAAACUGAUAUUGGUCACUUGUUAGCCAUUGGUUGUUCCAGUCGUGCCAUUGUACUUAUCCUACUUUCACCUGUGAUCAAUCAUCGGAUCUUUCAACAUGGCUUCGGAUUCAAGGUUUUCAAAAAGCAAUUUGAUAUGGUCGAUUUCUCAAUGACGUUAUUGGGGUUAAUCUGUGAAGUUAUUGGAUUCUUUGGAUAUUCUAUUUCCAGUACCACUAUUAGUUUCUUUGCGUUUACCGUGUUUUGUGGAUUUGGAUCAUUGAUUAGUCCAGCGUUGAAUUCUCUGAUUGUUAAAUUUUACCCAGAAUCUAAGAUCGGAGAAUUGUUUGGUGCCAUGGCAUUACUCAAGAAUUUGUUUGGGUUGGUUAUGCCCGUGUGCUAUUUGACGAUAUACAAAUAUUCCGUACUUAUUCAAACUCCUGGUUUGGUAUUUAUAAUUGCAGCAACAGUAUUAGCAAGGUGGGAUCAAUCACAGUGA